CAUCACGUGGGGCGCGUCCGGCGCGCGACGAACGCGCUGCUGGGAGACUGUGAGUGCGAGCGGCGAGCGGUGUUUCGUCUCCCAGCGGUCUUGUCUCCUCCUGCCACACACAUGCCAUCGCCCACCCCGCUUCAUCUCCCCCACCCUGAUCCCAAUGCCCCCGUCCUCCGCACUCCAGUGGUUCCUCCUCGUCCUCCCCGCCGCAGUCCUUCUCGCCUACCUUCUCACCGCCUUCCCCCUCGCCACAACAACCCCUGCCGUCCAGCCAUCGCUCGCUACCCUCCCCAAGGACUCGCCCAGUUGGCAGAUAUAUCCAGAGACGUUCUAUGACGGCGGCGCAUAUGUACACUUUCCCCAGGGCUCCGUCCGCUACUGGCUCAUAGGGCCAGAGAAGGGUCAGCGAGUGGUGCUCAUCCACGGCCUUUCCGUGCCAGCCAUUAUCUGGAAAGAUGUCGCGCCUCAACUAGCACAUAGUGGCAUCCGCGUGCUACUCUAUGACUUGUACGGCCGUGGCUACUCCGACGCACCACAAACGACCUACGAUAGUUCACUAUACACAACACAGCUCGCAUUGCUCAUGCAAUACGUUGGGUGGGACAAGGCGCACAUUGCGGGCGUCUCCAUGGGCGGAGGCGUCGCGGCAGCGUUCAACGCACAAUUUCCCCACCUCGUCUCCGACAAGGUCGCGCUCCUCGCGCCUACAGGGCUCCUCGACCCGACCGACCUCUCGCGGACGACCCGCUUCCUCUCCUCGCCAAUCAUGCAGCUCUUCACUGCAAGCUGGCCUGUUCGACUGUACAUUAGAUACCUUGCGAACAGCCACCCAACAGACGACCCCAUCGCCGAACUCGUUCGUCUCCAAUCGGCGUACCUCCCAGGGUUCAACGCCGCCGUCGCCUCCUCGCUCCGCGACGGCCCCGUACGGAGCCUCGCGCCCGCAUACGCCGCGCUCGGGCGGCGCGCCGAGAAGGAUAAAACGAGCGUCCUGCUCGUCUGGGGCACCUCCGACGCGGUCGUGCCCUACAAGACCUCGAAGCGCGUGCGCACGCUCGUCCCGAGCGCGCAGCUGCUCACAAUCGAGGGCGGCAGCCACGACAUCACGAUCACGCACGCGAAGGAGGUCGGCGCCGCGCUCGUGCGGUUCUUCAAGGGCCAGCCCCUUCCAUAGCCCCUCCGCGUGUAUGGGGAUGAAGGGGAAGGGGCGUCAUGUGGUGAUAUGAUAGGUUAGGUCUGCGUCUGUGGACGGUUCGCGCUGUUUAGUUCUAUCUUAUUGGCUUCGGUCUGUUCGCAUUCGAUAUGCUUAGUGUUCUUCCUCUUCGUUCCAUGACGUCUCCCCUCGCCCCUCAGGCUCGCCUACAUGUUGACAUGAUUUUCGCCCCACGUGUACCGAACUGUUCAUACUUAGCGACACCCUUUGUUGUUCUCACCAGCUACGCAUACAUGCACUCCUUCGGGUCAAAAGUACACUUGAUAGGAUAAUGUUACUCGUGACAGAUGUUGUACACUGCCCAUACGUCUAUGUCAUAUCUGCUGUUGUCAUCCUUGUCAGACGACUUACGUUCACAGGUGCGAGUCGCCGUACUGCUGCAGUCUGACUUGAGGCAACGGGGGAGUACGCCCGGCGUGCAGCGAGAAC